GGCUCACUUGUCAGCCAUGGAGUUUUGGAGAGUCCAUUCAAAGUUCCACAAAACCCUGCUCAUCACCAUGAUGAUGUUCAAAUGGGGGAUAUUCUGCUCCGGGUCGUCGGAUCGAUGCCUGUCGGAGCCCUGCCAGAACGGCGCCACCUGUGUGGACACAGUGGACGACUACGCGUGCGUCUGCCCGCGGGAGGCCGUGGCGUACAUGGGCAAGGACUGCGAGCAGCUGUACGACGGCUGCCUGUUCGCUCGCUGCCCCGACUGCACCAGCGUGCCCGGCACCCGCCAGUACACCUGCCCCUGCCCCCGGGGCUUCACCGGGCCCAACUGCACCCUGGACAUCGACGACUGCCAGAGCUCCCCCUGCGGCCCGCCCCGGGACGUGUGCGUGGACGGCGUGGACCAGCACUUCUGCGUCUGCCCCGCGGGGUUGGGGGGCGACGACUGCCAGACGGAGGCGUGGGACUGCUCCCUGGACCCCUGCCUGAACAACGGCUCGUGCGAGGCCACGCCCCGGGGCUUCCUCUGCCAGUGCCCGCCCGGGUUCCGGGGCGACCGGUGCGAGGAGGACGUGGACGAGUGCCUGUCGCACCCCUGCCGAAACGGGGCCAUCUGCCUGGACGGGCCCGAUCAGUACCACUGCUUCUGCGUCCCCGGCUUCCAGGGCUACAACUGCGAGAUCGACAUCAACGAGUGCGCCUCGCGCCCCUGCGAGAACAACGCCACCUGCGUCAACGAGAAGGACCGCUACGUCUGCGCCUGCCUGCUGGGAUACACCGGGGUGAACUGUGAGCUGGAGAUCGACGAGUGCGAGUCCGGUCCGUGUCAGAACGGGGCGACCUGUCACGACCAGGUGGGGCUGUACACCUGCGAGUGUGUCCUGGGGUUCGAAGGCCUGGACUGCGAGGUCAACAUCGAUGAGUGCGCGAGUGUGCCCUGCCUCAACAACGCCACCUGCAAUGACCUGGUGGACCGGUACUGGUGUGACUGCAGUGACACAGGGUUCACGGGGCAGCACUGUGAAGAGGACAUCCCCGAGUGUGCGUCUGACCCCUGCCACAACGGCGCCACCUGUGUGGAGGGGGUGAAACUGUACUCCUGCCUCUGCUGGCCAGGUUAUGAAGGGGAGAACUGUGAGGUGGAUAUUGAUGAGUGUGAGGCAGAGCCUUGUGAGAAUGGUGGGGAGUGCAUUGAGCGCUCAGACAAGGAGCAUUACGGCGAGCUGCCAGAGAGAGAAUGGGAGUUCUACGCCUUUGCUGCCGGAUACUUCUGCCAGUGCCAGCCUGGAUACACAGGUGAGAACUGCUCCCUGGACAUAGAUGAGUGCCAGUCCUCCCCCUGCCUGAAUGGUGGAAUCUGCGAGGAUCACGUCAACGGGUACACCUGCACCUGUCCCCCUGGGUUCACAGGUUUGGACUGUGAGGUGAACAUUGACGAGUGCGGUAGCGCCCCCUGCCAGAACGGGGCGCUGUGUGAGGACGGCGUGGCGGACUACACCUGCGUGUGCCCUGAGCUGGAGGCCGAGGACGAGAUCCUGCCUUGGGGGGGGCGGCACUGCGACGUGCUCCUCCUGGGCUGCGUGGCGCACGCCUGCGAGAACGGAGCCACCUGCCGGCCCUGGGUCGACUCCGCCGGUCUCCACGGCAGCACCUGCAUCUGCCCGCCGGGGUUCCACGGCCAGCUCUGCGCCGUACAGACCACCUUCUCCUUCUCUGCGCCCGGGUUUGUCCUGGUGGAGGUGCCGCCGCCGGCCAAUCGCAGCCGGCGGUGGGCGGAGCCGGGCCCUGGGGAGGCCGGCGUGAGCCUGCGUCUGCGGACCACCCUGCCGGACGUGGUGGUGUUCCACCGCGGCGACGCCCGCAACUUCCUGUCCCUGGAGAUCGUUGGCGGGAGCCUGCGGGCCAGGGCGGAGACAGAGGGCGGGGCUCUGGAGGCGUGGCUGGAGGGCGAGGUCAGCAGCGGUGACUGGCAGGAGGUAGGCGUGGUCUUCGGGGCAGAGCUCGUUCUGGUCCUCCGGGGGGCUGGGUGUGCGGGCGAGGAGGGCUGCCGGGCCGAGGACCGGGACCCCGCCGUGACCUUCGACCCCACGGCAGAUUCCAUGAGUCAGGUGUAUGUGGGCGGGGUCGCUGACGACUACCUGGACGCCACGACGACCAGGACAGGGUUUGUGGGAUGCAUGGAGGACCUGCUGGUGGAUGGGCGUCCGGUCCUGCCCCAGGACCUGCCCCCCGGUCAGGCUGAGGACAUGCAGCUGGGCUGCCACAAGACCGAGUGGUGCCAGCCUGACCCCUGCUCCCACCACGGCCGCUGCGUGGACCUCUGGACCCACUUCAGAUGUGACUGUCACCGACCCUUCCAUGGAGACAGCUGUGAAGAGGAGUACCCGUCCUGGACGUUCAGCCACGAGGAAUCGAAAAGCUACGCCGUGUUCGACAUCCCCGGCGCUCACGGCUCAAACUUCAGCGUGUCCUUCUUCCUGCGCUCGCUGAAGCGGGACGGCCUGCUGUUCCAGCUCCGGCGGGAGGGGACGCCGUACCUCAGCGCGUUUCUGCGCAUGGGCCGCGUCUGGGCCUCCGCCCCGGGCCACGCGCCCCCGGUCCCCGCCCCCGUGUUCGUGGCCGACGGCCAGAAGAGGCUGGUGGAGCUGGAGCUCCAGCAGGGCCUGGUGUUCUUCUGGCACGGCCCCACGCGGUACCCGCUGGGCCAGCUGCCCGGGGCGGGCGUGGAGGCGGGGGACUCGGCCUUCCUGGGGGGCCUCCCGGAGGGAGAGGAUGACCAGGAGGCCUGGGGGGGGAACUUCAAGGGCUGCCUUCAAGACGUGCGUCUGGGGCGAGUGAGGCUGGACCUGGAGGCUGAUACGGAGGCUGGUGGUGAUGCUGGCGGUGACGCUGGCGGUGACAUGGGGGAGCACUACUUACCAAGUGAUGCCAAGAACCUGGAGCCCGGCUGCAUCAGCGAUGACACCUGUCUGGUGGAGCCGUGUCAGAACGGGGGCGAGUGCACAGUCACCUGGAACGACUUUGUGUGCACGUGUCCCCUGUUCUUCACGGGCAGGACGUGUGAGACGCGCGUGUGGUGUGUCAGCAGCCCCUGUGUUAUGGGCACGCAGUGCGUGGACCUGCCUGAUGGAUAUGAGUGUGUCACUAACGCCACGUUCUCCAGCGACGCCCUGCGCUACAGCGCCGGGGGCUCCCUGGUCGCCCCGGUGACCAGCGUCUCCCUGGAGCUGCGCACGCGCGCGUCGGACGGCGUGCUCCUGCGCGCCUCCUCCGGGGAGGAGUUCUUCAGCGUGGGGCUCCUCAACUCCUCCCUCCUGGUGCGGAUCCGCCGGGCCAACAGCCUGGAGGCGCUGGCCUUCUCCAGCCGCCGGGCCGUCGCCGACGGCAACUGGCACCGCGUACGCGUGUCCAUGGAGGAGCCCCAGGGGGCGUCGCGCUGGCUCAUCUGGGUGGACGGCUGGACCGACGGGGGCAGCCCCGGCCCGGCGGGGAGCCUGGACUUCCUGGGCGACACGGCGGUGUGGGUGGCCGAGGACUUCAGCGGCUGCCUGGGCGCCGUCAGGGUGGGCGGGGUCUACCUGCCCUUCGUGGACGACGGGCGGCCGCCGCAGCCCGCCCGCUUCGUCCGGGACGGGGCGGGGGCCGUGCGUUUGGGCUGCGCGGGGCGGCCCGUCUGUCUCUCGCAGCCCUGCCAGAACCACGGGACCUGCCUGGACCUGUUUGACCUGCUGGCCUGCGCGUGCGCGCCGGGCUGGGAGGGCCCGGUCUGCGAGCGGGACACGGACGACUGCGCAGCCCAGCCCUGCGUGCACGGCGUCUGCGCAGACCUGCUGGCCGGCUUCCACUGCGACUGCGCGCCGGGGUACGUGGGUAGUCUGUGCCAGGAGGACGUGGACGACUGCCUGGGGCACGCCUGCCAGAACGGGGGCACCUGUGUGGACGGGGCGGACCUCUACACCUGCGUGUGCCCGCCUGACUUCACCGGACCCCUCUGCCAGUGGCAGUACCCUCCCCUGCUGUGUGAGGAGGACGUGCAGUGUGCCAAUGGUGGGACCUGCAGUGACCGGCCCUGGGGGGCUGACUGCAGCUGCAGUCCAGGAUACACAGGGGACAGGUGUGAGUUGGAAGCUGAUGAGUGUGAGUCAAACCCGUGUCUGAAUGGAGGAACCUGCAUGGACCACUUCAACAGGUUCCAGUGUGUGUGUGUCCCUGGCUUCAUUGGCAGGCACUGCGAGAACAGCAAGCAGCAGAGGAAGGAGCGCGUUCCCUGGCUGGUGGUGGCCAUCCCGCUGGGCUGCUGCUGCGUGCUGCUGGCCGUCAUCGGGCUGAUCGUCAUGGUGAUGACGGCCAGGAAGAAGCGUCAGUCGGAGGGCACAUACAGCCCGAGCCAGCAGGAGGUGGCCGGGGCCCGGCUGGAGAUGGACAGCAUGCUGAAGGUCCCCCCUGAGGAGAGGCUGAUCUGAGCCCAUUAGCACCCUGUCCUGACCCUGUCCUGACCCUGUCCUGACCCCUCAGCUGUGGUCCUCACCCCCGGCCUGAAUCUCUUUCAUUAGUAUGACUGUGCCACUCUUCAAGGAGAGAUUUUUUAGAGCCUUGGGCUAUAAAAUGGUGUUGAUGUUUUGGCCCCACCCCCAACUGAUUAAGCAGGACACUCCCAGGCCUCUCAACUCAACUGUACUAGUUGGUGUAGCUAAAUGAGUGAAAGCUGUGCUGACCAAUGAGGUCAGGAUAUGC